UUCCAGGUAAAGGAGGAAUACCAAGCUAUGGCCCAGAUGGAGACCCUGGCUUUGCAGCGUGAGGUCCGGCUGGGGAUGCUCUAUGACUGCUGCAAAGAUGCCCUCCUCCCAGGAGCUCCUUUAUGGGAUGAGAACACCCUGGGAAAGAACAUUCACCUGAAGCCCAACCCCGGGACUGAAAGUUCGAUUAUUGAAUCAGACACCCUCCAAGACAAAAUGGCCGCUCUGAAGGUUCCUGAGUGGCUUCAGGCCAGCCUGCUGUGUGUUCUGCUGGAACCCAGAGGAGCUGCACAGUACUUGCAAGACAGCAAGAGCUCCUGCCGCCAGGCUCGUGUGGCUCUCCUGUACACUGUCACGACAAAGCACAAGCAGAUUGAUGUGACAAAACUCCCUCGUCCUGAGGACUGUAAGGUGCCGACAGCCACCCAUGUGGUGACUGAGGUACUGUAUGGGGCUCAGGCAGUCUUUGUGUUUGAUCAGGAGGUUUCUCCUUCUGAGGAUCCACAAGAAAUACAGAAGAGCCUCCAAGCUAAGGUUAGAAAGAUACUUUCAGGUGCCACUGAAGGAAUUGCCAAGGAGAAGACAGGGGGUGGGAAAAUUACCUGCAAGAUUUACAGUGAUGUUCCUCUAGAGGAUCAUCCCAUGACUUAUCAACAAACUAUGAACAUUUUCUCCACCUUCCCUGAGCACCUGGUAGAGAGGGCUGUGCCUCUGAGAAUCUGGUUAUACCCUCUGAAUAAACUGGGCUCCAAAAUCACAUGCCAUUUCCAUGAAGUCAGUUCAGAAAUCAUUUCUGAAGUCCAGAAUGUCCUGCAGCAGUUGACGGAAAUAGACAAGCGACGUAACGAUCUGGCAGAAAAUCCUGCAGCUUUGACUUUCCCUGAAAUCAAGAAGAAACUCCAGCAAUUCCAAAGUCUGUGUCAACAGUACAGGCAGACUCUUCAGAAACAGCUGUCGAGAACAAUACCCAUAAUCCGCCAGGGUGCAGAAGAAGAAGAUGCCCUCAUGGACCUGUUAACCAACAAGCAACAAGCACUCUUCAGCAGCCAGCAACUCAGUGCAUUUCUAGACAGAAGAGAGCAGGAGGUGGCGUUUGUAAAUUCCUAUCUGGAUGUCCUAAAAGACGUGGAUGUCGUGUCCACCAAGAAAGAAUUAGACAGACUCCUGUUCAAUCCAGUGCUCAAGAAGGUCAUUGCUUUCAUGUUCACUUCUUUACAUGAUGGCGACUCGUAUUUAUCUGACCUGGAAAAUUCACUAGCAGUUAAGAAGAGCUGUCACACUGUACCAGUGAGUUCUGCCAGUGGGAAAUUGUGGUUUGAGCACCAAGAGAUAAGCAAAAAAGCACGUGCUUCUGCCAGGGCCUUCUUAGCGUUGGCCAACAUGGGCUCAAACGACACUAAAUUGAUUGUCUCUGCUCUUCCAGAUCAGGACCACCCAGGCGUUUCUAUCUAUUUGUAUGAAGACGGAGAGCUGGUCAGCACCAACCUUGACCCUCCCUCCAUCAGCAAGGUCCAUCAGGGACCCAGAGUUGCUGGAUCUGAUUCUACUGUGCAGGAAGGUGAGGUGCAGCCAAAAGAUACGGAUGAAGGAAGGAAUGGAAACCCAUUUCAAGAAACAACAAGAAAGGAGCCACAUGAUAGACGUGGCAGGGAGGAGCCUGUUUAUAGAGCAGACUUUGCUGUCUCACCUGAGAAGCCUGUGACGUCACCACCUCCAAAGAAAGAUGAUGAAAGAGUCAAAGCUGAAAUGAUCAAACAAAGCACCCUGAUCAGCAAUGAAGGCCUACUUCAGUUUUAUCGACUUCCGUUAAAAAAGUCUGCCUCUUCUUGUGACGAUUUCCUAAAAUACACCCUAGGACGUGAAGAACCGAAGAGACCUCACAAAGUGAUCAUGGUGAUGGGAGCGACAGGAGCAGGGAAGACCACACUGAUCAACGGGAUGAUCAACUACAUUUUGGGGGUGAAGUGGGAAGAUGGCUUCCGGUUCAAGCUUGUCCAUGAGCAGACCAACCGAAGCCAGGCUGAGAGUCAGACGUCUGAUGUGACGGCUUAUGAGAUCCAUUUCCAGAAAGGCUUCCAGAUCCCCUAUUCCCUGACUAUAAUUGACACCCCGGGAUUUGGAGACACCAGAGGACUACAGCACGAUAGACAGAUCAUCACAAAGGUCCAGGAAUUCUUCUCCACUCCAGGUGGCAUAGACCACAUCGAUGGAGUCUGCUUCGUGGUUCAGGCCUCUUUAGCCCGUCUGACGCAUCCUCAGAAAUAUGUUUUUGACUCGGUACUCUCCAUUUUUGGGAAGGACAUAGAAUCCAACAUAAUGAUCCUGGUCACCUUUGCAGAUGGGCAGUUCCCUCCUGUUUUAGCGGCCAUCUUGGAAUCUAAGGUGCCAUGUGCUAAAGAUGACAAUGAGAACCCUGUUCACUUUAAAUUCAAUAAUUCUGCUCUGUUUGUUAGCAGUUCCACAGCCGGAGAGAACACACUCAACUUUGAUGCGAUGUUCUGGAAAAUGGGGACUGCCAGCAUGAAGACAUUUUUCCAGUCUUUAAAUAGCCUAGAACCCCGAAGUUUAACACUGACAAAAGAAGUGCUCCAGGAACGAAAGAGUCUGGAAGCCGCGGUGGAGGGUCUCCAGCCACAAAUCAAAGCCGGCCUGAGUACACUGGAGUCGCUGAGGAAAACAAAGUGGGCUUUGGAGCAGCAUAAAGAUGAAAUGGAUGCCAACAAGGACUUUGAGGUGGAGGUCGAGAGGACUGUCGCCAAAAGAAUUGACAUAACUGGGGAGUUCAUAACUAAUUGCCAGAAGUGCCAUUGUACCUGCCACUACCCCUGUUAUAUUCCUGAUGAUAAAAAGAAAGACAGAUGUUCUGCUAUGAACAGGAAAGGGGACUGUGAAGUCUGCCCUGGUAAAUGUAGAUGGAAUGUCCAUUUCAACCAGAAAUACAGGUGGGUGUAUGAGACUGAAAAGCAGAAGCAAACUUAUGCCCAAAUCAAGGAGAAAUACGAAAAGGCCUGCGGGCAGGCGAUGACCACAGAGAAGAUCUUUCAGCAGCUCCGGGAGGAAUAUGAGGUGAUGGAAAGUGCUGUGUUCAGUCUCAUUGAACAGUCCUCUCGGAGCAUUCAGCGCUUGCAGGAAAUUGCCCUGAAGCCCAACCCGAUGGCCACUCCGGAGCACAUCGACUUACUGAUCCAGGCGGAGCAGCAGGAAGCAAAGCCCGGCUUCCAGGAUCGUGUCCAGUCCCUGCAGGGGGUGAGAGAAAUGGCUGUGAUCGUGGACAAGAUCGCCAGGAAGGAGCCGCUGCUGCCGGAAGAUGAGAUAGUGGCCAGAAAGUGUAAGUCUAAGACAUCCAAAGGUCAGAAGAUCUUGCGUAUGUUAACAAGUUGGCUCCCCUCUAUCUGAUGAGCAAUACUUAGGCUUUGUGUAUUUGCUGAAGACAGCUAACAUUAAGCGGGGUCUUCGCCCAACUUUGCAGCUUUUUGAUACAGUAAGAAACAGAAGCAUUCCUGGAGGAAGGUACUGAGUGCAUGAGAACAAAUGUUCUCUGUGUUCCAACAAAUGAAAAGCUUAUCUGCUGACUUGCUGACAUGUCACUAGGCUACGAAACAAGCUAGAACAGCAUGAGCCCCUGCGUAGAAACAUGCUGAAAGCUAAAACCGUUGUUCUGUGGCAGAUGUGUACCGCUUGCUUUCUAAGCACAGAGGAAGACAAGGGAACAGAGGCGACCUGCGAGAGGUCCAAAAAUAAGGGUGAAAGAAUUGUAUGUUUGCUGUAUGCUGCUCUUAUCAUUAUAAUGCCAAAAUUGCCAAAGUUAGAAUGCGCGUGCUUGAGAAGCUGUUUAUUGCAUUCUAUAAAAGCUAACGCCAUAAUGUUUGGGGUGGACUCUCUUGGCUAUUCUCUUUUGUGCUCUCCUUUACUCAAAUAAAGUUCUGUUCUGCUUGGAA